CCAAAAUCUCUCCUCUUUCAUUCCAAAAACACAUAAAAUUAUGGGAAAUUGCUGUAUACGCGGUUCAUCGUCGGCGGUGUGGGCUGGUGACGACUGGGGUUCGGUGGGACAAGAAAUGAAGAGACCUCAGAAUCAUAAUACCAUCAUAGAAAGGCAAAGGCUACUUGGCGAAGAGAUGGGAGGGUUUAGUUCUAGUUCUAGUUCAAGUGCUUCUAUGAGGGAGGUGAAGAUCAAGAUUACAAAGAGGGAGCUGGAAGAGUUAAUGGAAAGAGCCGAGAUGCGGGGUUUGUCUAUGGAACAAGUUCUUGCACGGUUGAUCAACUCUGGUGAUAAUUUUGAAAUAAUGGAGAUAGAGGAUCAUCAUCAUCAUCAUAGGUCAUGGAAACCAGCACUCCAGAGUAUUCCAGAGGUGAAUUAGACAGCAAUAUUUCUUGGUUGUAUAUAUGAUUAAUUUGUUAAUUAGUUACCAGGCUUUGCUGGUUUAAUUCCUCUUGUGUUCUUCAUUUAUGAGCUUAGGGGGUGCAUGGCUCCAAAUUCUGGAGAUAUAUUGUACAUAUAGAUUUUUCAUUUUAAUGCAAAGUUUUUUUUUUCCAUAAAUAUAGAAAUUUAUUCUAAUAA